AUGCUUUUUCCAGGUAUCUCGAGGGAUUUGACUGACUGCUCUGAAUUUGGAAAUAGAUCCUGUCCUGAGAGCUUUAGGUCGCCAGGAGUACGAGGGGUAACAGGUCUAUUCGUAACAGCAGCCUGCAUUCUCACCAUCUUAGGGAAUCUGCCCAUAAUCGUUUCCACUUCGUAUUUCAAGCAGCUUCAUUCUCCAACCAAUUUCCUCAUCCUAUCCAUGGCCAUCACAGAUUUCCUUCUGGGCUUCGCCAUUAUGCCCUACAGCAUGGUGAGGUCUGUGGAGAAUUGCUGGUAUUUUGGGAUGACAUUCCGCAAAGUUCAUUACAGGUUCGACCUGAUGCUCUGCUUAAUUUCCGUUUCCCAUCUUUGUUCCAUUGCCGUGGAUCGGUUUUAUGCAAUCUGCCACCCUCUGCAUUAUGCCAGCACCAUGAGCUCAGAAGAUUAUGCUUCUGGAAUUGAGGGCUAUGAAAUGUUGGUUAAAUGCUCGAGCUUGUGCCCUAUUGUGUUCAACAAACUGAGGGGGGCCGUUUUAUUUACAGUUGGUUUAUUUGCUCCUGCUUGCAUUAUGAUAGGGGUUUAUGUUAAAAUUUUUACAGUCUCCCAAAGGCACACAUGUGAGUUGAGCCAGGCACACAGGCACACAAAAAGUGAUAAGAAAAAUGAGCUUUCUAAGAAUAAAGAUAGAAAAGCUGCCAAGACUUUGAGUAUAGUUAUGCUGGGUUUCUUAAUACGCUGGUUUCCUUAUUUUUUCGCAAUCUUAAUUGACCCAUUUUUAAAUUUCUCUACUCCUUUACCUUUGUUUGAUGCUCUAAACCGGCUUAAUUAUUUAAAUUCUUUCUGCAAUCCAUUCAUAUAUGGCUUUUUCUAUCUAUGGUUUUGGAAAACAUUUAAAUAUAUCUUAAAAGGCAAAAUAUUUAACCCAAGUUUUCGUACAAUAAAACUUGUAUCUGAAGAUCAGUCACAGUAA